CCUUGUAAGAGUGUGGAUAUGAAAAUGGCAGUGCUUUGCUGUACGUCCAUGCAGCUCUUGCUGGUGGCACUGGCCGCUCUGGCUGGGAUCUGUCUGGGAGGGUCCGACGGGCCCCGUGGAGUGGCUCUUCCUUUUGUCUUUGACCCCAAAGCGACGUGCGACCCACCUUGCAAACAUGCCGGGAUUUGCAUCCGAAACAACAGCUGCUUCUGCUCAAGAGGAUAUGAGGGAGAAACCUGCCAAUAUGCAAACUGUUAUCCAAAGUGUAAAAACGGUGGAGAGUGUCUUCGACCUGGAAAAUGCAGAUGCCCUUCAGGAUUUGGAGGAAAAUACUGUCACAAAGUGGUUUGUGAUGGUGGCUGUUGGAACGGUGGUGAGUGUAUUGCUGUGAAUGGAGAAGCAAAAUGCAUCUGUCCCUCCAGCUGGACUGGCUCCAGAUGCCAAGACGCGAUCUGUCCACAAGGAUGCAGGAACGGGGGCAGCUGUGUGGCUCCUGGAAUCUGCAGCUGUCCAGAAGGAUGGAUAGGUGGAGCCUGCCACACAGCUGUGUGUAAAAAGCCGUGUCUGAAUGGGGGGAAGUGUGUGUCUCCUAACACCUGUCGUUGUCGAGCUCCGUUCUCAGGCCCGCAGUGUGAAGAGAGGAAGAAGCUCUACUGAUGUCAGAACAGUCUGACCUCUGACCUCCACAGUCCCUUAAAUUGGUGCUAAAGUUACGUGUUUGUUUGUUGAACCCUAACUGAACAUGUGAG